AGCCGCCGCCCCCUUUUCCUCACUCUCCGCUGGCUGCGUUUUCUGGACCGACUGCGACAGCUGCUAAUGCGUUGUUCAUCCUGGUGAAGUUGGGACAAAACCGAAGGCAUGCCGCUGGCUCGCAGCCUCUCUGUCACGUCCCUGUCAGGGCUUGAAGAGUGGGACGAGGAGUUUGAUUUGGAAGACGCUGUUCUUUUUGAAAUCGCGUGGGAGGUCGCGAACAAAGUUGGAGGCAUCUACACCGUCAUCCAGACCAAAGCCCGUCUGACCGCAGAGGAAUGGGGGGAGAACUAUUUCCUGGUGGGUCCCUAUGUAGAGAGCAACGUGCGCACACAGGUGGAGCUGAUCGAGCCCACCAACCCCGCGCUGAAGAGAACCAUUGACAAGAUGAACUCCAGUGGGUGUAAGGUCUAUUUCGGGCGGUGGCUUAUCGAGGGCAGUCCGUAUGUUGUUCUGAUUGAUGUCGGGUUCACCGCCUGGUCUCUGGACAGCUGGAAGAGUGAGCUGUGGGAGCUUUGUGACAUCGGCGUGCCGUGGUUCGACCGUGAGGCCAACGACGCCGUGCUGUUUGGCUUCCUGACCGCCUGGCUCCUGGGAGAGUACGCAGCCCAGAGCGAGGAGCCUCCGCACAUUGUCGCCCAUUUCCACGAGUGGUUGGCCGGUCUGGGCCUGGUGUUGUGUAGACACAGACAGCUGCCGAUCGCAACCAUCUUCACCACUCACGCCACACUGCUGGGACGAUACCUGUGCGCUGGGAAUGUGGACUUCUAUAACAACCUUGCAGAGUUCAAUGUGGAUAAGGAAGCCGGCGACAGACAGAUCUACCACCGCUACUGUUUGGAGCGGGCGGCUGCUCACUGUGCCCACGUCUUCACCACUGUGUCACAGAUCACAGCCAUCGAGGCGGAGCACCUGCUCAAGAGGAAGCCAGACAUUGUUACUCCAAACGGGCUCAACGUAAAGAAGUUCUCAGCCGUGCACGAGUUUCAAAACCUCCACGCUCAGAGCAAAAAUCGAAUUCAGGAGUUCGUCAGAGGACACUUCUACGGGCACCUUGACUUCAACCUGGACAAGUGUUUGUUCCUCUUCAUUGCUGGAAGGUACGAGUUCUCCAACAAAGGAGCCGACAUCUUUUUGGAAGCUUUAGCCAGACUCAACUAUCUACUGAGGGUUAAUCACAGUGACGUGACCGUCAUCGCAUUCUUCAUCAUGCCAGCUCGGACAAACAACUUCAACGUGGAGACCUUGAAGGGCCAAGCGGUCCGGAAACAGCUCUGGGAUACCGCGCAGACUGUGAAGGAGCGUUUCGGAAAGAAACUUUAUGAGUCACUUCUAGUUGGGCAGCUGCCGGAUGUGUCAAAGAUGCUGGACAAAGAGGACUUCACCAUAAUGAAGAGGGCCAUCUUUGCGACUCAGAGACAAUGCCAGCCUCCAGUCUGCACCCACAACAUGCUGGAGGACAGCAGCGACCCCAUCCUUAACUGUGUCCGCCGUAUCGGCCUUUUCAACAGCUCUGCUGACCGUGUCAAGAUUAUCUUCCAUCCCGAGUUCCUUUCGUCCACCUCUCCUCUACUUCCGAUGGAUUAUGAGGAGUUUGUAAGAGGCUGUCACCUCGGCGUCUUCCCCUCUUACUACGAGCCUUGGGGCUACACUCCAGCUGAGUGCACAGUCAUGGGAAUUCCAUCAAUCUCAACUAACCUGUCCGGCUUUGGCUGUUUCAUGGAGGAACACAUAGCAGACCCCUCAGCAUACGGUAUUUACAUCCUGGACCGGCGGUAUCGGGGGAUCGACGAGUCGUGUAACCAGCUCACGUCCUUCCUAUUUCAGUUCUGCAAGCAGAGCCGGCGCCAGCGGAUCAUCCAGAGGAACCGGACUGAGCGUCUGAGCGAACUCUUGGACUGGAGAUACCUCGGCAGGUAUUAUAUCUCUGCCCGUCAUAUGGCUCUGGCUAAAGCCUUCCCCGAUACCUUCGUGUAUGAGCUUCACGAGCCCACCUCAGCCUCGGGUUUCCGCUACCCUCGACCAGCCUCUGUGCCGCCAUCUCCAGCUCUGUCCCGCCACUCUUCCCCUCACCACAGCGAGGCUGAGGACAACGAUGAGGACGAACGCUACGACGAGGAUCUAGAGGCCGAAAAGGACCGGGUGAACAUCCGCCAACCCUACGCGCUUCCAUUCAAAAACAAGUCUUCUGCCGUCUCUGGGGCCAAUGGAAACAGCAAUGGUGUCACAAGCGAUAAAAACUGAAACACACACACACGCUAAACCUCACUAGUAAAACUCUCAUCUGUGGCAGUCGUUAAAGUCAUCCAUGUUCUUUAUAAAUGAGUGCAGUUGUGUGAUUGCGAGUGAUACAUUUAAUAUCGACUUGUUGUGAAAAACUGCGUCACUGUCAGUGUCUUCUCAACCUGUUCGUACCUCAGAAUUUUUAGAAAAGUUUCUGUCCGUUUGAUAUGUUUUGGUAUCGUUUGAGUUACACCAGCAGCGCAAGCAGUGGUUUGCUUUGUGGAGUAAAUACAGCAGCUAGAAAGGGCUAAACGACGGCUCAACGUGGAAAUCAGGAUUGCUGGAUUUUGUAGUGUACUAACACUGGAUAACACACUGUAGGUCUGAGGCAUCGAAACAAUAAUAGAGGGUUAUUUUGAGUUUCUUGAAGGGUUUUUAUACUUGAUUAAAUAGUGGGUCCGAGCAGGGAACUUAACCCUCCUUUUUACCAGAUUGUCAUUACACUUUCAAAGCUAUUUUCCAGGAGAAAAAAAAGAUAAUGUAAAGACAGUUGCUGUGAAUACCCACACAGGGCAGCCAUUCUUUUUACUUGUUCGGCUUAAAAGUGUGUAAAUGAUACAGCGCUUGAAAGUCCACCUUGUAGCAUCUUUUCGCCUUGUUUACGACAAAAAAAACUUCUGAGAAUGGAAAUAAAAUGUAGACACACACACAUCACCAAAUAGCAUCAAAGCCCUCUCAUUUUAAGAAUAGUGUGUGUGUGUUUUCAUUUUAUUUCCACGCCUUAUUGUAUCGCAGCCUUUCAGCGACGAUCACCGACGAACAACCUCACACCCCUCUUUAUCUGUCUGUGUGUGUGCUUGUGUGGAUUAAUACCGGGUCUCCAUAAGUAUUUAUUUGUGAAGGGAAAAAGUUGAGACAAACAGAUAAAAAGGGACAGAUGGCAACCAUGAGUGUAUUGACUAUUUGUAAUGGAAGAAGGAAGAUGGCAGGCAUAGACUCACACUCCCUGUAAGAGUUUAUCAUUAUUUGUUACAAUCUUGCACCAAAUUAACUAAUAAUAAAGUUUAAAUAUAUAUAUAUAUA